UCCUGCGUGUCACAUUUAUUUCAGUCCGUCGAACAACAACAACAACACACGUGAGUGAAGCUGUGAGGAGUCGGUAUGUUUUCGUGUUUGAAAGAUAAAGUCGGGCAGGUUCUGUUACCUGGAGAUGAAUUCUCCUUUGAGACCGACGACACCAUCUCUCUAACGGAUCACGUGAAACCGGAGAAGGUGGUGUGUGGUCCGGGUCUGCGGCGGAGCGGAGACCGGCUGGUGGUGUGUAAAAGCGGCGUCCUCCGACACAAACAGCCCAACAUGUUCUGGAUGGAUUCACAGCAGAGGAGGUAUGUCCCAGCUAAAGGAGAGACCGUCAUCGGCAUCGUGACUGUCAAAUCAGGAGACGUCUUCAAGGUGGACUUUGGAGGAAGUGAGCAGGCGUCUCUGUCCUACCUGGCGUUUGAGGGAGCCACCAAGAGGAACCGCCCCAACGUCCAGGUGGGCGACCUGGUGUUCGCUCAGUUCAUCAUAGCCAAUAAGGACAUGGAGCCGGAGCUGGUGUGUAUGGACAGUUCGGGACGAGCCAAUGGGAUGGGAGUAUUUGGGGGAGGAGGUCUGCUCUUCACAGUCUCUCUGGGACUCGUCAGAAGACUGCUGGCCCCCCACAGCGAGGUCCUGUCCGACCUGCAGCAGCUGUUCCCCUGUGAGCUGGUGUUCGGGAUGAACGGCCGUCUGUGGGUGAAGUCCUCCAGCGUUCAGCAGACGCUCGUCAUCGCAAACCUGCUGCAGAGCUGCGACACCAUGACGGACCAGCAGAGGCAGCAGCUGUUCAGGAGGGUGGCACAGGGGGCGCUGUAGACCAGCUGGACCACACCUACACCUGCAGAUACACCUGAACCAGCAGAGACAGCAGCUGUUCAGGAGGGUGGCACAGGGGGCGCUGUAGACCACCUGGACCACACCUACACCUGAACCAGGAGAGGCAGCAGCUGUUCAGGAGGGUGGCACAGGGGGCGCUGUAGACCACCUGGACCACACCUACACCUGCAGCUGGUGCCACAGAGGACAGUGUCCUGUCUGUGUUCAGGAUGAAGCAGGUGAGCAGGUUUCAAGGUGCUCAGGUGUGUUUGAUCAGAGGAGGUGUUGGUGCAGAACUGGACCCUGCAGCUGGUUUUCGGUCUUUCGUUUGUUCUGGAGCUCAAAGGAACGUUCUGCAGUGUUUUAGCAGGUUUGUCAGUGACGUCGGCAGGUGAGUGAACAGGUGAGUCACCUGUUCACUCACCUGAGGCUGAAAGUCUCAGAAUAAAUCGGAUGUUUUGUGAAAGCAGCUGCUGUCAGAAACAGUUGUAGCAAAAUGUUCUGUAACGUGUUUUAUUUGUGCUAAAAAUGUAUUUUUGUGAAAAUCAACUAUAAACAGUUUGUUUCCGUCGUA